AUGACAGCCCCGACGAUCGCAGAAGCUCUACUCACUGGGUGGAUUUCACGUUUUGGCGUUCCAACAUACGUUACGACCGACCAAGGACGCCAGUUCGAAUCAUCUUUGUUCUCAGAGUUAACUCGCUUGCUGGGAACUACUCACCUACGUACAACUGCGUACCACCCCCAAUCAAACGGUAUCAUCGAACGGUGGCAUAGAACCUUAAAAUCAGCGAUUCUGUGUCACAAUCCCGAUCAUUGGAGCGAACAGCUACCGGUGAUUUUGCUUGGUCUACGAACGGCCUAUAAGGAGGACAUAAAAGCAUCUGCAGCUGAGAUGGUAUACGGAACCACUCUUCGAAUACCAUCAGAGUUUCUCGUCAACAAUUCAAAGGAAUCGAACGAAGCUGAAUUCAUCGCAAAUCUACGUAAAGUCAUGCGUAAUUUGCGAGUUCAACAGACGUCUUGGCACGGCAAUAGGAGUGUAUUCAUCCAUCCUGACCUGCACUCUUGCAAGAACGUCUUCGUACGCAACGAUUCGGUUCGACCGUCAAUAUCGUCACCAUACGAAGGACCGUUCGAGGUGAUGAAUCGAAGUGACAAAUUCUACAAGGUUAACAUCAGAGGGCGAACAGUGAACAUCUCGAUUGACAGGUUGAAACCAGCCUAUAUAGUGGAAGAUGCAUCGAAUAUUUCGGGACCUGCAACUACAACUGCUGAUGCAAUUCCUCCGACUAGAGUCACUCGAUCUGGUCGACGAGUUGUCAUCCCUCUUCGCUACGGUUCGACCUAG